GCGCCCAAAGAAAGCAACGCCAGCGUCGUUCUCCGUUCUCCUCCUCCACAAACACUUUGCUCGGCUGUGUCCGAGGAAAAGCCACAAUAAUAUCAAGCGGAAGAACCUCGACAAACCAAAAAGCAGAAAGCAGAUUGAAAAUAAUUAAUAUUCGUGCCAAACGGGGCAAAAAUCUUGUAAAAAUAAUCAAGAUACCGAAACAUGUGAACUGCUGGAAAAGGAAAACAAGAAAAAAAAGCUCUUGAGAAAAAACAGCAAAUGUGAAAAGAAAAUUUCAAUUACUCUUUUAUUGAAAUUUAUUAAGCAAGAUUUAAGGCGUUGACAUUUUUAUUUGCCCAACAACAAAAACGUCUCUGUAUUCAAAUCAAGAGACCCUGUGAUCAAAAAUCAACACGAAAGUGAACUGAAGUGAAUUCAUUGUGAUAAUAAAUCUAGUUAGACUGAUUAAAUUAGAGAUUAACAGCAAAGCAGAAUGACUCCGAGGCUUAUAACUUAUAUUUUGUGCGGCAUGCGCCAUCCCACAACUGGGCUGAACGAAGACGACUUGAGUCGUCUCACUGGUUCAUCAUCGUCGACGGCCUCGUGCGGCAGCGCAGCCUCGUCAUCGUCCUCCUCCUCAUCCUCGUCGUCCGCAGCCACUGCAGCCCGCAAUGAGGGGGUUCGGAGCCCGGAGAAGCCCAUGCCAGCCCUGGCAGGUCCUGGUGAGCCCCUCAAGAGCCAUCUGAAUAGUGGCUUCAACUCCACCUACCUGCCCGAGAUCAUACAUCCGGCACUGGAAUGGCAGAAGUCAUCGCGCAAGCGCAAGGAGCGUUUGGACAGCAGCUCGGCCUUUGGCCAGGAUCGCAAGCUACAGCGCAGCAACAGCGAGGAGCUGCUCACAGACGGCGGACCGGUGGCCAUUGUGGCAACAGCGGCCACUGGCUGCCAGACCGCUGCCGCCGCCGCCCAUCUCCUGGAGGCCCAGUGCGAUGCCAUCCGUCGCGUUUCCUCCGAGGAUUUUAAGCGCACGGCCAGCUAUGCCAGCUACCGGCAGGAGUUCGAGCGCGAGCAGGAAGAGGCCUCGGAGCUGGGGGAAAAUAAUGCCUCACUGGCCAACUUGCCAACGGGAGAGGCGGCCAAGGAGCGACCCCGCCUGGAGACCAGUCCAGCGCGUCAGCCGCUGGCCAAGGAGACCAGCGAUGACUCCGAGUGCGAGCACGAGCGGCGUCGCAGCAGCGAGCGCUUCUGCAAGUCCCGCCAGCCGCCGGUGCGCAAGUCCGGUGUGGCCAAGAAGGGCAGCGGGGCCGGAGGCAGUGGCUCCAAGUACCUGCCCUCGCGGCGGGAUGAGCAGAGCGCCUACAAGUACGAUCUGUCGGCCCUAAAGUACGAACGCCGAGGUUUCAUCAGCAGCAGGAAACAGCAACAACAGCAGCAGCAGCAACAGCAGCAGCAGCAACAGCAGCAGCAGCAGGAUCACAACGACAACAAUUUGAUAGACUUCCAUCAGCAGCAAAAGGAGCUGCAGACCAAGAGGAGCGCCAGCAUCUCACCCACGCCCACCACCAGCUCCUCGGCGGGCAGCGACGACAGCACGCCCACUUCCAACGCCGCCCCGGCGCCCAUCAAGGCCAAGCCCCAGCGGCAGCAGCAGAGCCUGGAUCUCACAUCAGCCCAGGAAUCGCUGCCCUGGGAGCGAGGAGAUGAACCGGCUCCCAUCCUGAGCCGUCGCUAUGCCCACUCUCGCCCCCACAUCGGUGGAAACCUCGAUGCAGCUGCUCAGCUUGCCAAGGCCAUGCCGUAUCCCCAGCAACUGCCCAAGCAGGCGGCCACAGUUCAGCUUCAUGCCGACAUCGGUGACAUGGACAUGGAGCCCAUGGAUGCAGUGCGUGCGUUCAGUUCGCUGGAGAAUAUGCGCACCCGGGAUGUGAUGCAGCAGGUGCUGCCCGCCAUGAUGGUUGCCUUCCAGACGCCCGAUGAGCGCCUCAAGUCCAUUAAUCGCCGGGUGACAGUGCUGAAGAAGAAGCUGGUGCAGCUGGAGGAGUCGCUGGAGCAGCGUCUGGGCUACAGGCCAUCGCAGGCGGAGCGACUGAACGACAAGUACAUGAAGAACGCUCUGGCGGAGUUGAGCAAGCUGCGCAAGGAACGGCAUGAGCUCAAGACUGAUCCCAUCGCGGCACUGGGCCUCAAGGUGGGCAGCGGAGGCGUCGGCGGGAGCAUUGCUGGCCAGGAAGUGGCCAAGAAGCUGGAGCGCAUGAAGGCCACCCUUGCUGAAAUCGAGCAGAACCUCAACGAGAAGCGCUUGAAUGGUCAUCGCUCCGAGCAGCUGGAGGAUCUGAAUGCCGACCAGCUGGUGCAGGAGAAGAGUGCCGUGCAGCAUGGUCUGCUCUACUUUGAGAGUCUGUACGGUCAUCCCAUCACCAAAGAGGAACGCGAUGCCGCCCGACCGCUCUAUGAUCGCUAUCGGCAGCUGAAGCGUUUGGUUGCCCGCACAGUGAUGUUCGGUGCGGGCACAGGGGUGCCAGAGCUUCCAACAAUUCUGGAGCAUGAGGCCAUGGUGUUUGAGGCCACUUCCACGCCACUGCAGUAUUCAUCGAACAACAGCACCGAGACCACCAACUCGCCCAGCGACUCGAAUGCGCCAAAUACUCUUACACAGAAUGCUUCCUCCGAUGAGUCGACGACCACCACCACAUUGACUGGUCCGGCGGUCGGAGUGGCUGCCUCGCCUUUGGAAUCGGCGGCGGCCAGCGAGAAUAUCUCGUCGCUGAGUCUGGAACAACUGUGGGAGCAGCUGGAUCGCGUGCGGGACGAGAAGGCCCUGCUGAAGGCCACCAUUAGGGAGUACGAGUCGCUGUUCGAGGAGCAGAACGGUCGCAAGAUGCUGAAGCAAGAUCGCCGGUCGCUGGAGACGGAAACUUAUGCCCAGUACAAGGAGAAGAAGGCCAAGGUCCGGCUGCUGCAGGCGCUGAUCAAGAAGCACAUUGGCCAGUAAACCUGGAUAUCCUCCUUCCAUUAUUCACAACACAACACGCAUACGAAACUUAUUUAUUUCAUACCAACCUAGACUUGUACGCAUAUUAUAUGUAGUUUUUAGACUUACAUUUACCAUAUAUUCUAUAAUGAUACAUUUUAUGAAUAUUGUUGAUUCCUUAUUGUUUUUUUAAAAACAUCUAUUGAGUAAUUGUAAUAAACGAAACCCCAAACAAAAAGAGGAAAGUGAUUGGAGAAACGAAAAGAGAGUAGCCGCAAUACAUUUGAUUCAGAUUCGACCCAAUAUAUGUAUCUACCAUUCAGACUCCCGCACGGAAUUGAUAUAUAUUUGUAACACCCCCUUACUCUCUCCCCUCUCGCACUAGAAUCAUACUUCAGUUCGAUGUAAAUCGUCAUUGAUGUUAAAAAAUGACUGUAUUUGGCCUUAGUUGUCCCACUCCAAAGCGGGGAGCACACACACCUCAUUUGAUUAGAGCUACUCUACAAUAUAUAUAUAUAUAUAUAUAUGAAUAUAUAGUUUGUAACGAUCUAAGGAGCAAAUCAAAUAAUUCGAGAACAGAAAACCUUUAUAAAUGUUGUCUGGUAGCAAUGAACCUUUUAUAUCGACGAUAUCCUAACUAGAGACUCUAGAGAUCUGUAAACAAUAUUACCCAAGGCAUUAUCUAGUUGUGCUUUCCAUUAAAUGUUUCAGUGUGCAAAACCGCACGCAACCCCCAUAAAAACUCCUCAAGAUCAGAAUUAGGGAUAUAAUUCGAUAUUCUGUCUGAUAUAUCGGACCAAUAUAAUCGGAAAGGGACAAAUAAAUUGAGUAACAUUUUUCAGAUAUUUUCAAUAUCAACUUAUCAAAAGAAACAAUAUAAUUCGAUAUGAUACGAUACGAACAAUAUUUUGGCUGAUAUAUCAUAUCGGACUAUUCCCUUCAACAUACAUCCCUAAUCAGAACCUUUGGAGUCGAGAGGAUCACAAGUUAGCAUCGGUUGCAGACCCAGAGACCUUCUCUGGGCAUUUGGUAAACGAUUUGAUUUUGUUGUGCGAAAAAGCAAUUGGGUUUUUUGAAAGUGUAUAACCCCCCGCCCCUAAGCCAUGCAUACGAUAACUAUAUAUUAUUAUAUAUACUUAUAUAUAUAUAUAUGGAAUAUUUACAAAGAUAAAGCCAAGCAAAUACAUAUGUAACGUAUAUAUAUUUACAUGUUUACAUAUAUAUACACACAUAUAGGACUCAACAUUUACAAAUUGAAUAUUCUUAUAUAUGUAGAGCCCACUGAGCUGGGCCACAGAAAGCAUUAAAGUAUCUCCCAGCUAACCGAAGCGAUUGAAUGUCUAUGA